GGCUAUUGAAAAUAAUAUUUUCCCACAUAAUUAUUUCAAAUGUGGAAAAUGCAGACAACCAAGGAAGAACCAACCAUCUUUUGAGCAUCCAAAAUUUACUCAGGGAACAAACUCGCUCACUGAUGCAGCCAGAAACGAGCCGUGCUCUGGUAGGGAGCUGUUAGACUGGACCAGCCAUCCCAGUGGUCUGGGUACAGAGACCCUGUAGCAGCCGUGGUGCCUUCCCAGUGAGAUGUGCUUUUACCAGCUGAGGAACGCUGCUGUAGGCCAUGGGCAAAUGACUGAGGGGCCAGUGCUUCCAUUUAGCAUCAUGCAAGAAUGGCAAAUAUCUUACAGCUAAGGAAAACUCAUGUAUCAGAAAAGAGUGCAGCAAUGCAGAGUAAGCUCAGUGGCCUUUUAGAAAUAAAGAGUUGGUGCUCAGAAGCUGCCUCACGGGGACCUCCACCAGGCCAGGCAUUGUCCAAACCCUCGGUGCAAUGCGGUCUGCUCCCCUCCAGAUUACACCGUUGCUGAUGUGCUGCAUGGCUGUGCGUGAGAGCAGCUGGGAGCUAACAAGGUGCCGAGAACAGGCAAUCUAAAGCAAGAACCAGGGCUCACGGCCCUCCAGGAGAUGCAGGAACAUCAUACACGGGCCAAUGCUAACAGAGGAAAGGAAGGCUGCUGUACAACUCUCCUGCAGCCCUGCUCCCCAAGGUCUGCGAGGUGUUUUUCCAAAGUUAUUCCAAAAAGACUGCGAAGUAACGAAGCAUUGCAGCAAAGGAGCUGAGAAGUGGCCCAUGCUCCUCCCGAGCCCCGCUGCAGCUGGCAGCCCCCGGGGGCAUGUUCCCUUCGUGCACACAUCCUGCAGCAUGAACAGAAAUAAUACUUAGGACUGUCGGCCGUUUUGUUAAAUACUUUGUUGGUCCCUGAUAUGAAGGAGAAAGCUGAGAAGUUGCCAGCAUCAAAUCUCAUUCAGACCAGCAAAAAGUGGCUGAAGCAAUUUCAAGUUUGUGUUGGUGGCAACCAGACCUCCAAAGAAGUUGACAGCUACAGUUUUAGGUCUCCAACUCUAUGCCAGUGGACCCCCUAAAAUUAUCAAAGAGCAGAGGUCGAAGAAGGGCAGAGGUUUUGAAAGCAUCCGACCAGCAUGAGCGCUCAAACUGAAAACCCAGCCUCACCGACGUGGCAGGAGGGAGAGUCCCAGCUGGAAAUACGUGCUGCAGCCGUCCAUCCGAGGGGACCUUACACGUGCAGAUGCUGCCCGCUGGCCAUGGCUUUCAGGGAUGUGAAUUCAAGAAGACAUAUAGGACUUCAGCAGCUCUCAUCCUUGGCAUCAGCUGGAAGAACGUUAUUGGGGCCAAUGAAAUCCUGUAAAUUCAUUGUGGAUGAAAGCACCAACCAAAGCAUGUUGAUUUGUUCUGCUGUCAGACUGAUAGAAGGUUUGGAUUUAACUAGUGCUGCCGGACAGCUUCUUAACGAAACCAUUCAGGCGCAAAACAAGGAGUUUAAAACUGGGAUGAGCACCCUGUUGUUUCUUGUUGGUGCAUGGAGCAAUGCCAUCCUGGAAUGCCUCCAGCAGAACGUUCCUGUUUCAGCAAUAGUGUCGGUGAUGUCUGAGGGGUUGAACUCCUGCUGUGAGAAAGUCCAGUGUCUUCAAAUAUCAGUACAUGAUGUAAAUAAAGAGCUGUGUUCUAGCAGUGUUAGGCCAAACACUUCUAACAGCAAAACUUACGAGAUUGCAUGUGACAGUUUUCUAAAUCCUCAGAUUUUUCUGUGCUUUCAGAAGGAAGUUUCUCCAUCAAAAGAACUUGUUCCAAGAAAUUCUUGUUCCCAUCAAGAAGCUGACAGUAAUUUUAACAAGGGCCUGGUUUCACCUUUGGCUGGCUUUGGAUCAAUAGCUUCCCCUGUCAGAUCAGCAGAUGCUAACAAUGCAUCUGUGAUUUCUGGAAGUGGUGUUACUGCAUCCAGCUGCAAACAAAAAAGAUUAACCCAUAGCAGAUACUUCAGUGCUCUAGCGACAAGCCCUUUUUCGAGUCAGCUCGAUGAUUCUCGGGUAUGCCUCUCAGGACAGUCAGCACAUCCAUGUGAAUGUUACGGUUUAGGACACCUGGCAAGAGCUCUGAGCCAUGGAAAUGAGCCUAACACGAAAUUGCUUAAAAGCAUCGUUGCGUAUCAACACAAGAGAGCAGAAUGUAGCGGCUCUUCCCAAUUCAAUAUUGCAGAAAUUGUGACAUGCUGUUUACCUGGUCUGCCUGAAAGCUAUUCUUGUGUUUGCCCGGGUUUUGUCACUUUAGUAUCACCAGAACAAGCCGCAGUUAUCAAACACUUUCGAGACAAACCCCUUCGGAUUCUGCUGAUGGAUGGUGACCUAACUGAAGAGUAUCGUCACCUAGGUUUUACUAAGCCACGUAACGUAAGGACCGUGUUGGAGCGUCCUGACCUACAGGAAGGCAGACCAGGAGACUUGUGGCUAAAUACUAUGUUAGAUAUUCUAAUACGCUCUGAAGUGAACUUAGUUUUGGUCAAAGGGAACGUGUGCGAGAACCUAAUGGAAAGGUGCAUGGCGAACAAGAUUCUGGUGAUCGGUUCCGUGGCUCAGAAGGUGCUGUGUGCCUUCGGGGAGGUCAGCGGAGCCCGGCCCGUGACAUACCUCACCCAGCGGAGCGCCUCCUGCGCGGGGAGCGGCGCCCAGCUGGAUCUGUGGACGGCCAGCGACGGGCGUGCGAUGGACCUGGGUGAGCUGGUGCCCGUCAGGAUAAAGGUGCGAGGGAUCGCCCUGCUCACGGCCGUGCUUACUACUGCCGUGCCUGCAAAGAUGCAGCUUGUCGAAGACCGGUUCUGGACUUUUGUGUACCGACUGCAUCACGCUCUCAGUGACGGGAAGGUUUUCCUCGGUGGGGGCGCAGUUGAGCUCUUAUGCCUUAGUCACAGUCAGGCGCUGGCAGAGCAGUCUUUAAAGCUAGCAAAUAAAAAGCCUGUGAAAGAAUUUCACGGCCCUUGGCUGGCAGCAUCUUCAGCAGAGUAUAAAUCAGUUGUGCUUCAGGCGUUAGCAAGUGGCUGGAGCCAGUACCUCUCAGCGGUUAUGUGCAACACUGCAAAAGCAGCAUCGCUUUUUGAAGCACGGACCUUAAUUGAGCAUCACCUCAAAAAAGCAACUGACUGUGGCUCUCCCUCAGCAUAUGUACUGAAAGAGUUUCGAAUGGGUGCUAUGUUCCGAGGUGGUCCUGUUCCCUUCACAGGCAGUGCAGAGGGUUUUAGGGUUUACGAUAACGUUACAGCCAAGACAGAGGCGUGGCGCAGAGCUCUAGACCUGGUGCUGCUGGUGCUUCAAACAGAUGCUGAAAUUAUCUCGGGUCCCCAAAGUAAUCAGCUGUUAAAUUCACAUGCCUCAAGUGAAUUUAUGUUUUUGUAGGACUUGUAGGAUGUUUUUUUGUUGUUGUUUUGUUUUGUUUUUUAACAAGUCCAUGAGUCAGUGAGUGGAAGAAGUCCAGGUACGAUCUACAUUUCUUCAUCAAGUAAUAGAGCAAGCAUUUAGGUGUGGUUAUGACUUGAGCGUGUGGAACAGUGGAAAUCUGCCUGUGAAACAGUAACGAGGUAGAUCUUAUUUCCCAUUUCUAGAAAUGAGUUAAAUAGCAAACAAAACUCACUUGUGGGCUAACCUCUAACUACAGCUGUGUGUUUCUAAUUAAUGAUAUUGUCUGUAUGGAUAGAUUAAUCCAGUCUGAUGUCUGUAACAUUCAGCAGAGCAGAUGUGCCGUUCUGUUCUCAUUAGAAAGAGGAGUGCUGUCAAGUCGAAAGAGGCAGUAUCUGUCAAGUCGAGUUGGAGAAAAGUUUGCUUCCUUGGAUAAACUCCUAUUCUGAACAUGUGCUGCCCGUAUAAGGUAUUGGGACUUGUAUCCUGUGAAUUAUUUAAUGUCUUUUACUUCUAAAGAAGGGUAGGGAUUCCUUACAUAACAUUCUCAUACUUGUCUGUGUUAUAUGAGAGUUAUACAAGAUGUAAUUAAUUUCUAAUUAUUACCUUGCUCUUCAUUUCUGUACUCACAAGUGUAGAGAUAAUUACGAUUGCGAUAAUUUAUGACUGUUACUGUUUAAGCUAAGAGAUUGUAUUGGUAGAUCCAGCUUUCGUGUACUUGUAUGGGCAAUAUAUUUUCUAUUUUGAAAUAUCUAU